GUUGCAUUCAUCAUUGGCUUGUUGCAGCUGAAGGAGAAAGGUUGGACUGGCCUGAGGUGCACUGUUCUCCCACAGAGCCAUGUUGCUGUGGUCAGUAUGGAGUGUAAUUUUACUACUGACGACAGUGGACGCUGCAGAGGAGGAAGAUGUGAGAGCAGGCUGCAGCACGGCUGUCAAUGACUUGGUAUACAUCAUUGAUGGCUCAUGGAGCGUUGGCGUCUUGGACUUUGACACCGCCAAGCAGUGGCUUAUCAACAUCACCAGCCAGUUUGAUAUCAGUUCCCACUACACACAGGUGGCUGUGAUCCAAUACAGUGACACACCUCGGCUGGAGAUUCCUCUUGGGAAACACCAGGGAGUAGCAGAGCUCAUCAAGGCCAUACGGAGCAUCAGCUACCUGGGAGGAAACACACAGACUGGCAGGGCUAUCAAGUUUGCAGUGGACCACGUGUUUGCCUCCUCCCAGCGGGGCAAUCUGGUCAAGAACCGCAUCGCUGUGGUGGUUACAGAUGGCAAAUCACAGGAUGAUGUGGUUGACGCCAGCAUGGAGGCUCGAGCACAGAGUAUUACUGUAUUUGCUGUGGGAGUUGGCACUGAGAUCACCACUUCAGAGCUGAUCUCCAUUGCCAAUAAACCUCCAUCUACAUAUGUCCUGUAUGCUGAAGAUUACACCACCAUCGAUCGUAUUCGAGACUCCAUGGAGCAGAAGCUUUGUGAAGAGUCUGUUUGUCCCACACGAAUCCCAGUGGCAUCCCGGGAUGAGAAAGGCUUCGAGCUGAUGGUGGGCAUGAACAUUCAGACCAAGGCAAAGAAGAUCCCUGGCUCUUUAGUUUCUGAGACCGCCUAUGCCCUUGCUGCCUCCACAGACAUUACUGAGAAUACCAGGGAGAUUUUCCCAGAAGGCCUUCCUCCAUCGUACGUGUUUGUGUCCACUCUACGUCUGAAAGGGAUUUCUAGCAAGCUGUCCUUUGACCUUUGGAGGGUGCUGUCAAAGGAUAAGGCGAUCCAAGCUGCAGUAACACUGAGCGGAAAAGAGAAAACUGUUACCUUCACUACCACCAGUACGACAGAGAAAGAGCAGAAAGCUGUCUUUAAAACAGGCUUUCAGACUCUUUAUGAUGGAAAAUGGCAUCAGAUUAAAGUACUAGUGAGGAAUCGCCAGGUCACCGGUUUCCUUGACGAUCAACGCAUCCAGGAACUAAUGCUGAAACCGGUGGAGCCAAUUUACAUCAAUGGGGAAACGCAGGUGUCUAAGAGGCGAGGAACAGACAUCACUGUACCUGUGGAGAUUCAGAAGCUGCGUCUCUACUGUGAUCCCCAUCAGAGCGAGAGAGAAACAGCUUGUGAAAUCUACUCCGUCGAUGAUGAAAGGUGCCCUCUGAAUAGAACUGCCACAGUGGAAGAAGAAGACUGCGAUUGUGUAGUCGGCCCACCAGGACCCACGGGUUCACCAGGUGAGAAAGGGACACAUGGGCCACCAGGGCCUGAAGGCAAGCCUGGUAAAGAAGGAAAACCUGGUGAUCCUGGCCCCCAGGGAUUUCCAGGGAUGAAGGGUGAAGCAGGUCCGACAGGAGCAAGAGGAGCACCUGGUCCUAAAGGUACAAAGGGAGACAGAGGCGAGCCAGGCUUAGCAGGAGAACCAGGUCUCCCAGGACCUAAGGGUCUCCCUGGUGAGAGAGGAGAGCCAGGACCUCCAGGAGAAGCUGGGCCGAUGGGGGAGCCUGGACCUCCAGGCCGUGUCGGACUGGUUGGCGCGCUGGGACCAAAGGGAGAGACGGGUGAUACUGGGCCAACUGGUGCUGCUGGAGCUCAAGGUGCCCCGGGGGCCCGAGGACCUCCUGGUGAACCAGGCCUACAGGGACCGCUGGGUGAAAAGGGGUUGCCUGGCCCACAGGGUCCCCCUGGAAUAAAGGGAACACUGGGAGCCCAAGGGCCCCGGGGGCCGCCUGGAGAGAUCGGCCGAGAUGGUCCCAAGGGGAACUGUGGAGAUCCAGGGGUGGUUGGUCCUGUUGGUCCACCAGGCCUGACGGGAUCAGCUGGAGAACCAGGCGUUCCAGGGCUGCCAGGUGCCAUGGGUCUGCCAGGGUUCAAAGGUCAUAAGGGGGAGAGCGGUGAACCUGGGUCUAAAGGAGCACAGGGGGAGCGAGGCAGAGACGGAGAUCUCGGGAGUCCCGGCAUGCCGGGCGAAGUGGGACCCAGGGGAUGGAAAGGAGAGAAAGGAGUGACAGGUGAUAUGGGCCCCAGAGGACCCGAUGGAAAGAAGGGUGACAUGGGCCACAUGGGUGUCAUUGGUCCCAGGGGAUUUCCGGGACAGGAUGGGUCGCCAGGCCACCCAGGCCAACCGGGCCAACCGGGAUAUCCUGGCAAACCUGGUAAGCCUCCCUCAGACGAACAUCUUGUAAAGCUCUGCACUGAUGUUCUGCGUAACCAGCUGCCAGCAUUGCUGCAGAGCCUGACUCCUCACUCUAGGUGUGAACCCUGCCAGGGUGUGAAGGGUCCUCCAGGUGAGCCAGGAGCACCGGGACCCAAAGGCUCCAUGGGAACUCCAGGCUACCCUGGCAGAAAUGGGGCUCCUGGUUACCCAGGACCUCCUGGAAUACAGGGCCCCGCAGGCCUCAAAGGUGACACGGGACCCAGAGGGUUGAAAGGCAGAAAAGGAGAUGGAGACCAGGGACCACCAGGACCACCUGGACAGCAAGGGAUUCAGGGUCCCCGUGGCUUUGAUGGAACUGGCCAGCCGGGCAACCAGGGAAUCCCAGGCAAACCGGGUCCACCAGGAGAUCCUGGUAAAAGGGGUAGCCCAGGACUUCCAGGGGUUUGUGACAUCUCUAUGUGCUAUCAGACCUACAAUCUCAGGGAACACUACAGCAAAGGACCACACAUCUGAUGACAUGGGAGUGAGAGAGGUUGCUUUUGACUUGGCACCCGCUGCUGACACCUUUAAGAGAGAGAUAUCUGCAGCCAAGGCAGCUGUAACCUCAUGAGCUGGUAUAAACAGAAAUAGGGAGGGCAUUGAUUCAUCAUCACUGAAUUCAUGAUCAAAGAGGGUCAAGCAGGCUAGCGUCCAGAUAUUUUAAACUUCUAAAGUUUAAAUAGUGAAUUCUAAAUCCUGAUUGAGUCAGAUGAACACCAAGAGCUGUAACUGAGUCGCAUUGUUUUUGUCAAUGUAAAAGGCAAGAAGGCCAGGAAUCUGAAUAAUAAUAAAUGUGUCUACCUCCUUGUUUACCUGAAUUACUGUUUAAGUUAAUGAUACAGAAGGCAAAUAUGAUUAAUACCCUCAAUAAAUAUGUAUAACAUCUAUUAAUUAAAUCGUGGGCUAAUGUGACAAAAGCAUCAUUACUAUAAACUGCAUAUUAAAAUAUUAGAGAAAUAGAAAAGAAUCAGAUCUUAUGCUGUGCUUGGAACCUCUGCUUUUCAACUGAGGAUCAGCCAGUGAGGUUAUUUCUGCCGUCUGUGCAGCUCGGCCUCUGAGAAAUGAUACCAUCUGCAAAAAGUGCAGCACCUGCCGCGAUGAUGAAUUAGGAUCUGUUGCGGGUUGUAUGGAACACGCCAUUUUCACAUGAUUAUGUUGUGAAAAGGUUAGGUUAACACUUUGGUCAAACUUAUGAAUCUAAACAAAGUUCAAAAGUUCAUAACUGAUAAAGAUCUUGACCUCCUUCAGGUGCACAGUACAUGUAAUCCCUAAAGGUGGAAAAACAUAUUUAUGUCAUCUUUUGUGCACAGAUACCACAGUUUGUUCUAAUGCAAAGCUGUGACAGAUGGUUUGUUUGUUUUUGUUUUCAUGACACCUGUCACUGCUUUUAAUCUGUCAUAUUUGUUUUCUUGUUUACCAGUAUUAUGUGUUCACUUUGCAUUCCUUUUGUGUUCAUGUGGAUUACUACUUCCAGGUGUAUAUUUUAUUUAAAAAGCAAACUCUAAUUGUAAUAUUGCUGCUUAAGCCACCUUCAAGUGUAAAGGUCAUCCAUGUCUUCAACAUUAUCCAUCGUGUUUCUGCUUUGGAUUUCUUUUCUCUAUUUUAGUACUGUUAAAAUCAUUAAUUAUCUCUAGUCACUUUCCUUUUUUAAUCAUUUAUUUUGCCUUAUAAAUUAUACAGCUUUUUUAAAAAAAAUCUUAACAGUCUCCAAACACCUCACAGGGCACAAUCCAUCACAUCCUUUUAAUUUGAAAUUACUGGAGGAAGUGUGGAGUAUUAAUUUCAACCUGAAAACACAAAAACAAAAACAGAUAUAUGAUUCGGACUCACAGCAGCCCGAGUAGUGAGUACUGUAGUAUUAUUAAUAUUCAAACACACCCUUAUAGUUGAGAAUUAAAAACAAACUAUUUCUAAAGAUAAAGCUAAGAAUGAGAAAGUCGUGCAGUGUUGGCAAAAUUUAGCACAGGUCACAUGGAAUGUACUGAUAAAACAGGUACUAUCUAUAUCGUGGUCUGCAAAGAUAUAUUAUUGCAGCAGUGAAUAUAUUUGGCAACAUGUUGCUAUUUAGAUUUUUUUUACAAAAAUGAAACGCCUAUAACAGUGUUGGAACAGAAAGUUAUGAUACGGAGGCAAUUUGCAGACAGCAAAACAGUAUACAUGUUAUUUUUAAAUAGGUUUUACUUUGUCAAUGCAUACAAUGUCUUUGUAUUUAAUUUCUCCAUAUUUGGAGAAAACACUCUCGUUUACUGUAGACAAUCACAAUACUGCAUCAAUGCCUAAGUAAAUUCUGUAAGAGGAAAUGUCUCUGUGACCUCAUGAAGCUAAACUUCUUACCCUCAUUAUGCAGAGUGUCUGUAAAUAUGUGAACUGACCAACCUUUGGUCCCAGGCUCAGUUGGAGCAGCAGCAGUUUUUUGGACUUCAACUUUGGUUUCAUUUCCAGUCUCAGAGGCUACCACUCGGUUAAUGGUUACCACAAACAUCCCAGUGUUCCACAGAAUACUUUUUAGGCUUUUCUUGAACAGCGUCACAGUCACUGAGCACAAGACUGAGCUGAAUUAGCCGUGUUUAGUCGUCCUACAGUAGAAUCACAAUGUGAAUAAAUUCGUUUUACAAUCUUAUGUUAUUAAUGAUUUUGCAAUACAGUACAAAACAUAGCAUUUUAAUGCUAACAGGCUAACAUUUGAAUAUUCCUUUUAUUGUGUUUUUUUUAUCAACAAAUUCUCUCCAUUCUUUACCCAACUGAAAGCUAACAGUUAACUCAACAAAAUGAAUUCAGCUGUGUGCAGAAACAAGUGGGAAGGUGGAGCCUAAUAGGGCAGUUUUAUCAGAUCCAGGUAGAGGGACUUAGCAUGAUGCAGCUUAUGCUUGCUAACUGUUGUACACAAAAUUCAGUGAGCAUUCUCACACAGGAAUAAUCAGUGAAACAAUGAAUGCAAGUACUGGGACACAAUAUGGUAAUUAUUUUUUCACACAACAUCUCCGUCAGCAUUUGUACAAGGUGUUUGUUUUCAUAGGAAACGGCUCCCAGAGAAGAGUAUGGUUAGGAUUGAUAAGGCAUGUUAUCACUUGUAGACUGGAAGUAACAGAGCAACUCUCUCUCCAGGGUUUACAAUUUAGGAAGCCAAUUUCCCAACAAGUCUGUUGUUUAAGAUUUUUAAUUUUUCACUUGUCAGAAUAAACUUGGCAACAUUCAUAUGACUGCUGCGAGUGGGGAUAGAGUACAGUUAAAUUGAGUUUUUAAAACUCCAGCAAUAAAAUCUGACCAGUGCCUUCACCAUGAUGAACGACUUUUAAAACAUCCAAAUUCAUUUUUGCUGAAAAAUUAGUGUCUACAACAAGUGAGUCCAAUAUCCAUUAAUAUGUGUAUAUGCUAUAAAUAGAUAUGAAAGUGGUUUAUCCUCAUUUCCCUGUAAAUGAAAAACAUUUACCCAUUUGUAGAAAUAAUGGGAUUUUCAUCAGGAAACUCUCAGAUUAGAACAUUUAAAUGCAGCUAUUUUGCAUUCAUUGGUUUCCACUGAGUAAUAUGACAUAAACAUUAACAUAAUGUUAAUAAGUUUAUAUUGUGUAUAGUUAUUCACUGUUCACUCAUCUGAAUUUGUUUCUUUGUUUGGUUUCUGUUCAAAGUAUAAUUAUUGUUGAAUAUGUAUAAUAAGAAAUGUUAGUUUGGGAGUUAUUUCCUGUUUUCACCAUCAUGUUUAUGUGAAUGCACAAAUGUGUGUUAACAAGCGUGUGUUUCUCUUCAGCAGUCAGUCUGUCAGAAAGAUGCUAAAACUUUCCUGUCAUUGUGUUGCUACACGGAGAUGUGCACUUUGAUUUAGUGUCCUGAUCGUUCUAUGAUCCAACUUUUACAAUGAUAACUGAGUAAGAAAGAAACUGGGAGUGAAAAAGCUUCACCUUUUAAACACGUUGGCUGUAGCUAUAACAUUUAGUAAGAGGUUAAAAAACACUGUGUAUUUGUGUAACUUUAUUAGCAGCGUCCUCCUGAAAUGCACCAACAACAUUGAGAGUACCAUCCUCC